AAUUAUCUGAGAGAAUUGUCCUAUAAAUAGUGUACAUAACUAAGCGGUACAAAUAAAAGAAAAAUAUCUAUCUAAAAAUGGAGAAAUGCUUUGCUUCGAUGAUUUUCCUGGCUUCUUUUCUUCUUCUUGUCCUUUUAAACCUUGAACUCGUUCAUGCCGUCGGGUGUGCCGGAAGCUUAUUCAACAGUAACAGCACCUACGCUGAGAACCGUAACAAUCUCUUCUCUACUCUUGCUUCAAAAGUCGUUGCCAACGGUGGACUCUACAACGAUUCACUCGGCCAAAAUCCCAACAGAGUUCAAGCUCUUGUCUUCUGUGCAAGAGGCGUUGAGAAAGCUUGUAUUAGUUGUGUCCAAAAAGUGAUUCAGGAUAUACAGAAAGAGUGUCCAUAUCACAUGGAUUCGUUCCAGUGGGACAAAGACGAUGUAGACGACCGUGUUUCUUGUCUUGUACGUUCCUCAAACCAAGCAGCUUUCAAGAAACUCGAGCUUCGACCUGCUGACAUUCACCCAAAUCCAAACAGUAUCGAACCAUCCAAGAACAUGACCCUUUUCACUAAACAGUGGGAAGCAACAGUUAAUCGGACUAUCAAGGUUGCCACGGAAUCUAAUACUUCCUCGCUACUUCAGUACUUUGGUGCUGUAAAAGCCGAGUUCACGGAAUUUCCAAAUGUAUACAUGUUGAUGCAAUGCAUGCCCGACAUAACUUCUCGAGAGUGCAUGACAUGUUUGGAAAAAUGCGUGGCAUAUUUUAAAGUAAUGUAUUGGGGAAGCCGAGGAGGCGAGGUUAGUCGUCCGAGUUGUGUUUUCAGGUGGGAUCUAUAUUCUUUCCGUAGUGCUUUUGAUAAUCUAACAAUAUUUCAUGCACCUCCUCGAGUUAAGUCGCAGGCUCAGCCACCUACAAAUGACAAGAAAGGAAGAAGCAUUAGGUAUGGUGGAAUUAUCACGAUAGUUGUGCCUUGUUUCAUUAAUCUUUUGGUGUUUAUUGGUCUUAUCAAAGUUUAUGGUCCGAGGAGAAAAUCCAAGAACGGAAUCAAUGUUGGUAGUGCAGAGUACUCUGAUGCGGAUGGUCAAUUUAUGUUACGGUUUGAUCUUGGUAUUAUCAUAACGGCAACCAGUGAUUUUUCUUCUGAAAAUAAACUUGGCCAAGGUGGAUUUGGUACCGUCCAUAAGGGGAUAUUACUAAACGGGAGAGAGAUAGCGGUGAAACGAUUAAUAAGAGGUUUAGAAGGAGGUAUGGAGUUUAAGAAUGAGGUUUCACUCUUGACAAGACUCCAACAUAAGAAUCUGGUUAAGCUUCUUGGUUUCUGUAAUGAAAGAGAUGAAGAGAUUCUUGUCUAUGAAUUUGUCCCCAACUCAAGUCUUGACCACUUCAUCUUCGAUGAAGAGAAGCGUAAGCUUCUUACAUGGGAGGUGAGAUUCAAAAUUAUAGAAGGUGUUGCUCGAGGUCUUGUUUAUCUCCAUGAAGACUCUCAGCUAAAGAUUAUUCACCGAGAUUUGAAGGCUAGCAACAUCCUUUUAGACGCAGAGAUGAACCCUAAGGUUGCAGACUUUGGGACAGCAAGGCUGUUCGACACUGAUGAGACAAGAGCUGAAACAAAGCGAAUAGCUGGAACCCGUGGAUAUAUGGCUCCCGAAUACAUAAAUUGCGGGGAAAUCUCAGCUAAAUCUGAUGUAUAUAGCUUCGGUGUUGUGCUUCUAGAGAUAAUAAGUGGUAAAAGAAACAAUAGCUUUGAAGGUGAAGGAAUUGCAUCUUUUACAUGGAAGAGAUGGGCUGAAGGAAGGCCAGAGAUUAUAAUUGAUCCUUUCUUGGUUGAGAAUUCGAGUAAUGAGAUCGUUAAGUUGAUCCAAAUUGGUUUGUUGUGUGUUCAAGAGAAUGCAACAAAGAGACCAACCAUGAGCUCUGUAAUUGUUUGGCUUGGCAGUGAGAAUAUCACCAUUGCUUUACCUAGGGCUCCUGCUUUCACAAUGAUUAAGUCACCAUCUGAAGAUUGUACCAUGUCAAUGAGCAAUGUCUUCACGGAGUUGAGUUCUCGUUGAGUUAUAAAUAGUUAAUCAAAAAUGUUGUUUUCAGAUUGAUAUAUUGUAUGUGUCAUCUAAAACGGAUACUCCCUGCUUUUGUGUUUACUCCCUGCUUUUGUAUAUUGUAUUUACGAGAUGUUCUGACUGAA